GAGGGAGGGAAAGUGAAAAAAGCACUGGUGGAACAUAAAGAAAAUUCUUUAUAACAAUCCCCAAAUAACUUAGCACAGGUCUGCUGGUAGCAAUCAGCUAAAGCUUGAUUUAGGCUUGCCCUCCACUGGGAAGGCAUUCUAGGGAAAAACUGAGAACUGAGAGAGCAGAAAAGACAAGCAUUCCAGUGUGGAUCUUUUCCAUGUGAAGAUGCAGCUCUCAGCAUGGCUGCUCUGGCUGGCAUUCCUAUGCACCUGCUCGGUGCAAGCGUCAGGUCACUGCAAGUGCCACUGCACGUGUUCACCUGAGGACCAGCAGCUACAGGUGGCUAAGAGGUCAGAGAGGGCAGAGGGCAAAGGAAGUUAUCGCCAUCGCCUGGCACAUGCACAUCCAUCACGCAGAGACAGGGGUCACCGCAGGAAAGGUUCCAGGUUGCGUUCUGAUGAAGUUUCUCCCCGGAUAGUGCAUCACCCGUCUGAUGUGGUGGUGCGUGUGGGAAGUCCUGCCACACUUUCCUGCCGAGCUGAAGGAACCCCAGAACCAUCCAUCCAGUGGCUCCGCAAUGGCAUCCCUCUGGAACCUGAGAAGAUGGAGGGCCAGUCACGGCCCAUCAUCCUGCCUGAGGGUAGCCUCUUCUUCCUCAGUGUGGUGACUGGGAAGAAGAGCCAGUCUCAUGAAGCAGUGUAUUCCUGCCUAGCUCGAAACAGUGCAGGAACUGCAAUCAGCAGGAAUGCCUCUCUGCAUAUUGCAGCUCUGCGUGAAGAGUUUCGUGUGCAGCCCAGUGAUGUGGAGGUAGCUGCAGGAGAGGUGGCUAUGAUGAACUGCAGCCCACCUGUGGGACAUCCUGAACCUAACAUCACCUGGAGGAAAGAUGGCGUCCUCAUCAACACCACAGACGAACACUACACUGAGCUCAAUGGGAAGUUGAUAAUAGCUCCAGCCCGGAAGCAGGACUCUGGCGUUUACAUCUGUGUUGCCUCAAACAUUGUUGGAGUCAGAGAAAGCAGAGCAGCCAGGUUAACGGUUCUGGAGAAGCCGGUGAUCCUACAUGAACCCCAGGACGUUUCUGUGAGCUUGGGAGAGUCCGCACAUUUCUUCUGUGAGGCUACGGGUGACCCGAUGCCCACGGUGGAGUGGAGCAGAGAACAGGGGCCUUUACCCAAUGGCAGGUAUUUGGUUAAUCCAGACCAGAGUCUUCAGAUCCACUAUGUGACGUUACAGGAUGCAGGAAGAUACACCUGUACUGCGGUCAAUGAUGUAGGCGAGUCUAAAGCCAGCGCUCAGCUCUUUGUGGAAGGUACAGAUAGCAGCAGCCAGAAAGAUCUGCAUAAAGAAUUAUCUGCUCUGCGCAUCAGUUUGGAGAACGUCACUGUUCUGAGAACUGCCUCUAACAUCUCACAAGUCACAUGGAAGCUUCAGUCAUCAUCUCAACAACUACACUACCUGGAUGGCUUUGAGGUGCUGUACCGCUCUCUCCUGCCUGCCAGUUCUGAUUGGACAGCACAGAAAGUGGCCCAUCCUGCAGUCCAGACCCACAUCGGUCCACUAAAGAGGGGCUACAAAUAUGAGUUUAAAGUCCGGCCUUAUGGGAGCAAUCUUUAUGGCAGAGAAAGUAACACCAGGCACCUGAGAGUCCCAGAGACUGUUCCCAGUGCUCCUCCUCAGGAUGUGUCUAUAACAAUGCCUGCUGAACACAAUGACACGGCCCAACUGAGCUGGGAGCCCCCGCCUCAUGAGGCUCACAAUGGGAUCAUUCAGGGAUACCAGGUGUGGUGUGUGCAGGAAGAAGACCAGCAAUAUCUGAAUUGGACAGUGGACAGCGGCACACACACUCUGGAGAUCAGGCCACUGCAGCCUGGCAGGGUGUACUGGCUCCGAGUGGCAGCGGUAAACGGUGCUGGAGUCGGAGCUCAGACUAAUCCAUACAGACUGCUCAUAGAGUCAAAGCAGGAAUCAGCUCCACCUCACAAAAGUUCAUUGAGCAUGUCUGAUGUGUUGGCGUUGAUGAGGGAGCCAGUGUUUAUCGGAAGUUUCGUCGCCCUCUUGUGGUGUGUAAUGAUGGUUACAGCUGCUUGUCUGUAUCGGAAACAUGUCAGACCUGCCACUCUGCGAGGAGGACAUCACAAAACAGAUUUAUAUAGACUUGCUAGUGAGGAUCUCAUCAUCAAGCACAGGAUGGCAGCACCUGAUUCUCCAUGGAUGUCAGGAGCUUGGAAGCCUGACUUGUCUGGUGAACAGUGCCAAAGCCUGUGGACACAAAACCAGGAGAAGCCAGAUUUCAGGAGGACCACUCUACCCAUAACAGCAAAAAAAGACACAUCUGUACCAAUAGUGCCAGAUAACUGUGGCGUCUACGGCACCUUCUAUGUGGAUCUGACUGGUAACAGUAUGAAAACCUUUAACAGUCCAAGACAAUGUCCCAAAAUGCCUCACUGCAACAUGCAGCAGCACAGCUCAGAGAUGAUACGCAUCACUCAACCCGCUGCCAAGUCAUCCGUCACCAAAGAGCGGCAAGUACUGCCAUGGAAACGGGCCCUUCCUGCCCAGCCCAAUAUGGGUGUUCGAAAGGAGUCCUGGGAGAAGAACUUCAAACGAGAGCUGCAUGCAGUGAAAAGUGCUCCAUUAGUGCCUAUGCACCAACAAGCGCUGAUGUUGCGCAACAAAUCCAACAUCCAUCAACACAGACUCAGCCAGAAUUCAGGGGGAGUGUCUGAAAACAUGAAACCGCUCAGUUCUCCCAGGAUUCUGCAGUACUCUGCCUCACUGCAUUUGGUGGAUAUGUUGCCCACUCCUCCCCCUCUGCCUAUGGACGACAACCACAGCGUCAGCUCUGAGGAGGGGUCCAGUCGGUCCACUAAGCUGACUGUGGAUGCAGGCUCUCUGCAGUCUGUGUGCGCAGCGUCCACUGGCUGUCCCUCUCGACACAGUCCUUCCUACAGCUGUCUCUCUACAACCUCCUUCUGCCUGUCCACUGGUGACCACCAGGACAACACACUGAGCACAAAAACGCAUGAGCAGUACCUCGAGCUGAGUCCUAAACCACACAGACACAGCACCCUGAGUGAAAAGUCUUCCUCCUUACCUCGGCCAUUCUCCCCCACACCUACAUUCGGGUACAUAUGUGGACCGUCUGAGUGUGAGGCGCAGGAUGAUGUAGACGACGAGCAGGAGUCUCAGGCAGUAGGACUACAGAGAACAGCGCUGAUGAGCACACCCUCCUCCUGCUGCAGCGACUGGGAGGGCUCGAUGUGGAACGACUGGGGGUCAGUGUCUGAGGGAAACGCGACGAGUGCGAGAACGAGCAUCAUCAGCUCUUCAGAUGGCUCCUUUAUGAAUGACGUGAAGUACGCUCGCCUCAUGGCCAUGACAACAGAGUCGAUGAGUGGAACUUUAUCAGAUUUCUCCCCUCCCGGGUCUCCGCUGAGUAUGCUGUUCCCCCCGCGGGACUGUUUCGGGGAGGUGGACCCUCUCACCGCGUGGGAUUGGAGCACAGCCUGGGUGGAGGAGAUGGAGGCCCAGUUUAGAGCGUCCACAGAGACGUCCCAGAACACAAGAGCUGAGCUGCCACACAAAAACACCUCACGGAGAUGAUUACUCAGUCUGCUGCAGUUUGUAUUGAAACUACAGUCGUGUAGAGACUUAGGCCUGAGUCGUAAUCAACAAGAGUUAUUCAUCAAAGCCAGCGUUUUUACUGUGUAUUACAGGCUGCUUAUGGUCGCACCAUGUUGACAUAAAAAAGCUCUGUACAGGAAACUAGUACUCUAAAAUCUACAAUGUAAAUAAACCACUUUUAUUUAAUAUACAGUAUCAUGAAUGCUGGGAUGUAAUAGCCAUCUGAAUAGCACAGGAAAUAUUGUACAAGAGUUUUUAAUAUGUUUCUGUUGUGUACUUUUGAGAGUUUUUUUUAGAUUUAUAGCUCUCUUCUUUAUGUUUCUGUUCUCUUUUUCAUGGAAAACAAGAGUUAAUAUCAACUGAACAUCAGUUUAAACAUGAACACCAACUGAGAUUUGUAAGCUUAGAUCACUGUUCCACUAGAGUUACUGACAAGAUUACAUUAAGAUGACUUAUUCCCUAAAUUAACUUUUUAUAUAUUUCCUAAGCUGUUGAACUAAAAUGUUAUAUUUGAUAUAUUUACUAAUUCCACUGUUCCCUCGAAAGCCUUUUAAUACAAAUAAACUGUGCCUUGGCGAUAGCAGCGGCUGGCA